AUGCUGUCCUCGGAUGUGUUUCCAAAAAAAAGCGGAGUGGUGGUUAUCGAUGGUGCCUUGGGCACUGAGCUCGAGAAGUUAAUUGAACCUUCGGCACCAUAUCUACCCAGCAAGAGUCCCCUUUGGUCGGGCCAAGUAUUAAUCGAUGCACCUCAACUAGUGAAGCAAGUGCACCAAAACUAUAUCGAGGCUGGGGCUGAUUUGAUCCUUACUUCAACGUACCAGGCCUCAUAUGCAAGUUUAAAGAAACAUACCAAAUUGACCGACGAGCAGAUUCACGACGUGUGGCAGCGUUCCAUUGACGUGGUGAAAGAAGCCAAGGCUGAUUCUAGGAAGACAGACGCCAUCAUUGCCGGCUCGGUAGGGCCCUAUGCUGCGUAUUUGGCCAAUGGCUCGGAGUACACUGGCGAUUACGGCAAUGUCACCGAUGACGAACUUGUUGCGUUCCACAAGCCCUUGGUUGGAUUUUUUUUGAAGAACAACGCCGUGGAUGUCAUUAUUUUCGAAACGAUACCGAAUUUUCAAGAAUUUAGAGUUGUCACGCGGUUGAUGAAGGAAUUGCAAUCGAGCAGGAAACCAUAUUUCCGUUCAAUCACAUGCCAAAACCUGGAUAAUUUGACUGAUGGGACUCCUCUUUCCACGGUAAGGGACUAUGCUGACACCAACCGUGGGGUCGGCGAACGCAAAGUGUUGGGGAUAAAUUGUGUCGAUUAUACGCUAGUUCCGGGAAUUAUGGACAAAUUCACUGGUUUCGGCUUUUACGUCUACCCCAACUUGGGGUUCCAGUACGAUGCAGAUGCUCAUCAGUUUAUCGCAAAAGAGGGAAGAUCGGAAACUAGUUGGAAAGAAUUUGUGCAAGCUCUCAGUGCCAAUCCGGAUGUGGUGGGGAUAGGGGGCUGCUGCAACACGGGGGUCCAGGAGAUCAAGGACAUUGCCGACGUUUUAAAAAAGUGA